AUGUGCGUGCAACCGAUGCGAUUGCUGGACCAACGCACGGCAUCUCCUCGCAUCCUUUAUUUGCUGCCGUGCCCAACACCGAGGCCCUCAUUGUGGGGUCGUCGGAUUUGUCAGCCGGCGGCGUCAGCACUCUCAGCGCAAAAGGGAGUGUGGUGCAAGACAGCGAUGCGGAGGCACUGGCGGAGACAACGGAGAAGACGAAGGAGGCAUUGGAGGAGGUUCUACGUGGUCGGCAGGCGCAAAAGGAAGAUUUCAGCGGGCGGAAUAUCCGGCGGGCGCCGAAAACGAAGCCGGGGCUGGAAAUUUACUCCCGGGGGA